UAUUAAAAUGAAUGAUACGGAUAUAGCAACGGUUGAUUUUAUGAAUCGCGCACUUGUGCUGGCUUCAGAAGCACUUGCAGCGCAGGAAGUUCCUGUUGGAUGUGUUUUUACUCAUAAUGGACACAUAGUUGCCGAGUCUAGAAAUGGCGUAAAUGUUACUCACAACCCAACAAGACACGCUGAAAUGAAUUGUAUAGAUUCUGUCUUAGGUUAUUGUAAAAAUAACAAUAUUAAUUAUGAAAAUUAUUUCAAAGAUGUUGAUGUUUUUGUGACUGUCGAACCAUGCAUUAUGUGUAGCGCUGCAUUAUAUAAUCUAAAGGUUAAAAAAGUAGUUUACGGCUGUGCCAAUGAUCGUUUUGGUGGUAGCACAGUGCUGAAUGUGAGCGACUUUUAUGAGCAUAAUUAUUUCCUUAUGGGAAAUAUAUUAGCCGAUGAAGCAAUGACACUAUUAAAAUUAUUUUAUAAAGGUACAAAUCCAAAUGCACCAGAUUCAAAAGUUAAGAAGAAAACAUUAACAUGAUCACAAAUUGUUUAACAUAUGUGUAAUCGAGAAAUAUCUGAAACUUUAUCCAUCAUAUUAUCAGAAACAAAUCCACAAAAAUUGUAGUUAAUAUUGUAGUUAGUAUUGGGUUUUUUUUUUCGUUUUAAUUGCAAAAGUUGAUUUUCUAAACAGAAUAGAUGUUUCAAGUUGUGAAAUAUUUCAUGUUUUAAUUUUAGUAAAAGAUACUUUAAUAUUAAUUGUUAAAAAAAACCUUGAAAGGAGUACGAAAAACUUUUGGAUUUGGUAUCUCUUAAUCCUACACUUAGUUACAACUAAAUUUCAUUUUAUUUACAAUUCCUUUUUUUUACAUAUACAUAACUACAUAAUAAAUCAUAAAUGUAGUAAUAGACUUGUAAUGUAUUACUUAAAGUUGUGUAAAAACUGAUUAAGUAUGUGAAAUGAAUGUUAUUUUAUUAAGUAUAUCUAUAGAUAUGCCUUUGUUUUAAUAACAAACACUUGGAUUUUAUUGUUUUAGCUCAGUUUUAGCCUUGACUAUAUAAAGAAUUAAAUAAUUUUGAAACAUU